AUGCGUUUCUCCACUGCUGCUAUCUUCUCCGCCCUUGCGGCUCUUGUUUCUGCUCACUCUCAGCCCGACUACAACCAGGCCCCCACUGGCAACCCCAUCUAUACACCUGGUUUGAAUCAAGUGGUUGAGGCCGGACAGACCUUCACCAUUACCUGGGAUCCUACCACCACCGGACCUGUUUCUCUGGUCCUCAUGCGUGGUCCCAGCACCAACGUCGUUCCUAUCGGCACCAUUGCUGAGCAGGUCCCUAACACGGGCCGCUUUGACUGGGUUCCCAGCACCAGCCUCGAGCCUGAUGUCACCCACUACGGUCUUCUGCUCAUUGUGGAGGGUACCGGCCAGUACCAGUACUCUACUCAGUUCGGUGUCUCGAACCCUCACUACGGCUCCUCUUCUUCUUCCACCACAAAGGCUGCCCCCACCUUGGUUCCUACUGAUGCCUCUGCCGCUUCUGCUACGACUGACGACGCAACUUCUACCCGUUAUGUGAGCGUUACCACGACCAUCUGCCCUAAGGGAACCGCCAAGUCCUCCAGCACCCCUCUUAUUGGUUCUAGCCGCCACGCCUCGACUCCUGUUGUGUCUCCUAGCAAGACCGCUGUUCAGCCCACUCUUCAGCCCACUCUCCAGCCCCAGCCAUCCGGUCCCUCCGGUAACCCCUCCACGACCGGCCCCGCUACGCCUUUGCAUACCGGUGCUGCUGGCCGCAACAUGAUCAGUUUCGGCGCUGUCGCCGCCGGUAUGCUUGCCAUGCUUGCUUUCUAA